CCCUCUUCCUCCAUUUUCAAAUCUCUCUCUUAUGUCCUCCGCCCACCCUCCUUCCUCCCCCGCCACCGGUGUCGGUCUCGGCUACGGCAUUGCCAUUGCCGUCAGCAUCCUCGUCUUCAUCUCCACCGUCAUGCUCAUCUCCUACGCCUGCAUUCGCGUCAAAUCCAGUACUCGUCCCCGUCCUCGUCCCUCCGCUAAUUCCCUCCCCUCUCCCCCUGCGGCCACCGUCGACAAUGUGGUGGUCCUCAUGGUUGGAUUAGACGGCUCCAUCAUCGAAUCUUACCCUAAAUUGGUCCUCGGAGAGAGUCGUCGUCUUCCUCCCCCUAACAAUGGCCCUUGCUCCAUUUGCCUCUCUGAUUACAAGCCCCACGAUUCUGUUCGAUGCAUUCCCGAUUGUCGACAUUGUUUUCACUCCGAUUGCGUCGAUGAAUGGCUUCGUAUGAGCGCUACUUGUCCUUUGUGUCGAAAUUCCCCAGCUCCAACCCCCGUUGCUACUCCUCUCUCUGAAUUCGUGCCUCUGGCUUCCCAUGCUAGGUGAUCUUCAACUUCUCCUUCUUUCUCUUUACUACAUUUUUAAUUAGGGUUAGGGUUUAUAACUUUUUCUCCAUGGAUUUUUGUCUGUGUUUACUUCACUUACUUUUAGUUUUUAGUAGAUUUGGGAAGAACUUCAAGAUCACCUCUAGUGUUUAGACAUUAUAUGUAAAUUAGUUGAAAAAGUUUCUAAUAAAUCUCGAUUUCUACGUCUAAUUGAUACAUAGAAUGUCCU